AUGUCGAAUGCCAUCGCAAAUGUGGCAGCACUGGCCACUGAUGAGCCAAUGCCCCAGAUCACUGAGCUCGAGCAAAGAGCUGUGACGACUCACAAUGGCAGACUGGCCACUGAGUUGAGUGGAGCCACACAGCGCAUGUCACUGGCAAGUCAGGUGCCUGAAGUGACAAUGGCGAACUGGCCCUUCAAUGUCAGUGAGAGGCCACUGGAUCAUAUCCAGGUUGAACGGCCGCCGGUACUGUUCCAUGGAGGAACUGUCAGGUGGUACUGGGUGUCAAAUGCUGAGUACCCAACUGUCGAAGGCUACCCCAACCACUGGCAAAGCUUCACUGAUCUGCGACUGCUGCUCGCCAAGGAACUGGCCAAACUGCGCGAUCUGGUGCAGAGAGCGGCAGAUGAGAAGGAGCUACUGGAGUGCACUGUGCAGGAAGUGCUCACAUCAUGUGGAAUGCACUGCUUCUUCGCUGCGCAGACUGAUGGAACUGAGAGGAUCAGACUGCCUCCAGCUGUCCUCAACCUCCUGUAUGACUGCACUGAUCUGCGGAUGGAUGCUGAAGCUGCACUGUUUGGCAGACUGACAAGUGAGAAUGGUCACCCAACGAGUGUCUUGGAGACACUGGUGGCCAAGCACUGCUGGAUCUGCCUACGCGCUGAAGAUGCGGAGACAUUGCGCACGACUGGGCAAUUCUCACUGCGUGGGAUUUACGCUGGACAGUUCAAUCUGUCACUGAGUGCACGUGCUGCACUGUGGCGUCGUGGACUGUGGCAGACACAGACCGAGGAGCCCACUGUCACUGUUGAGCAGACGUGGACACUGGUGGCGUUUCGGUUCACCACUGAGCAUUUCAUCAAUCUGGUCACUGAAGGCACACUGCGGUUCUUCAAUCGCAGGUACAGUGAUUACAUCGUGACCACUGACCCUGGGCUCACUGAGGUGCCGUUCACACUGAAUGCGCAAGAGCAAGUGUCCGUUCGUCGUUGGACACUGGUCGACUGGGAGCCGAAGGAUCUCUUUGCUCGGUCGACUGCCGCUGACUGGCAUCGCAACUGUCGCCGCAUCGUCAUCGGGGCGACUGUUUGGACUGAGGCAACUGCCAUCCAGCUGGGAGAGUUCAUCACUGAUGAACUCUCCCAGCUGGAUGGCAGUUGCCUCAGUCCAAACAGUCGCCCCGAUGACGAUCUGGGAGAGUUCAUCACUGAUGAGGACCAGCCCGCUGGCACAUGGAGGCCAGGAUUCACUGGUGGUGACAAGGCACAGGCCACUGCUCUGACCACUGUGGUCACUGGCCUGAGGCGAGCCAUUGGGACUGAGCACCAAGUCUCAAUCACUGUCUCGCCAGCCGAGUGA